UUGGCUGUGUAUCUAUCAUAGGAAUAAUAAUUUAACCCGUCGUCUCCAGAGAAUUAAGGGAGCCAAAACAGAAAGAAAGAAAUUAAAAAUUCCCAAACAUAUUGCAGUUUAGCAUGUAUUUGACUAUUGAGAAAAGGAAAGCUGUGAGAUAAAAGAGAGAGACAGAAGCUUUUUUGAAGUGUCGUUUUCCUAUAAAUACUCUCGAGGUAUAGUAGCAAACACAGACUACCCCGGAACAUCUCUCUCUCUCUCUCUCUCUCUCUCUCUCUCUCCUUUCCUUGCCAAUCCUUUUCCUGUUUCUCUAUUCUUCUUGCAGCAGCACCACACAUCUCUCCCUCUCUCUAUUCAUGUCUGUUUCUUUAAGAGGUCUGGGAGCUGAUCAAAACCCUUUCUUUUUCACUUAACAAACUUUUUAUUGUUUACCUUCUUUCGGAAUUCCAUGGUGGUUUUUUUCCUUUCUGUAUCAUCAUCUGUACUUCUCUAACUUGUUGUCACAAAAGGAGAAAUACCCACUUCAAAAAAACUUGUUCUUGGUUUUGGAUUCUUUGUACUGAAAAAUCUGCCUAAAUUGGGAAUAAAAAUGUCCCGUAAUAAAGGAGGAAUUUUUUAUGGUAAGCAGUCUUUGAAUCAGAUUCCUGACCUCUCACUUCACAUAAGUCUUCCAAAUAGUGCUCCAUCUUCCAUAUGCAUUGGUACAAAUGAUGCUGAUGAUUCAAGUUUCCAUGGUUGGCGCAAAGAUGAUGAUGACGAUGAUGAUGUUGAUGUUGGAUUGAAAUCACACAGUGAUAGUUCUAUAAAAGUUGGGUCUAAUAUACAACCAGUUGAUGAUGACAUCGAACUUUCUCUUGCAAAUCCAACUAGUACAGCUUUAGAGGCAGAAAGUCCUUGGAGAAGAACAAGCAACUUUGCCAGUGACGGCCGCCGUGCCAACUGUAGCAAAGAGGAUCAAGUAAGGCAAAGAAAUCUUCUCCCACGGGCUAAUAAUAAUGGGAUCUCAGUUUUUGAAGUCUCAGGAUUCAAAUCCAUUAAAGGAAUUCCAGUUUACAGCACAGGAGAGAUAAUGGAUCCAAGAUUUUGCUUUAACCAAAUGGCAUAUUCAUCAUCUUGCACUCCUUACCCGUCAACUGAUAACUGUUCUUUUCCGGCUUUUAGAAUUGGCACUUCAUAUCAUCAUCAUCAUCAAUAUGCAAGCGGUGCAGGUGGUGGUGGUGGUGGUGGUGCUGCAGAGGUUUAUGGAAGCGGGAUAAUUAGAUCAAGAUUUAUGCCAAAGCUACAAAACAAGAGGAACAUGAGAGCACCAAGAAUGCGUUGGACAAGCUCUCUUCAUGCCCGUUUCGUUCAUGCGGUUGAGCUUCUUGGUGGCCAUGAAAGGGCGACACCAAAGUCAGUAUUAGAGCUCAUGGAUGUCAAAGAUCUAACACUUGCUCAUGUCAAAAGCCAUUUACAGAUGUAUAGAACUGUUAAGAGCACUGACAAACCUGCAGCUUCCUCAGAUGGGUCUGGUGAUGAAGAUUUCUUGUCUGUCACAACUCCCAUUACUCAAAAUUCUAGCCAUUUUCUAAACCCAACAAGAGGAAGUGUGUCUCUUGAAAAUGAUGAUGAUAAUAAUGUUGGCUACCCUCCCUCGACUCUUUGGAGUAAUUCUUCUAGCAAAGGCAGAUGGCUAUCAGCAACUCAACAACCAUCUGGAAAUCAACUUGAGGGAAGUGAUUUAGGUCGAUCAAAAACAUCUAAAGUCUCUAAUAAUAUAGCACUUGAGGCUCCAAGCUUGGAGUUCUCCUUAGGGAGAACUGACUGGCAAAGCAACAAUAUGAUUGAAUGAGUGUAUUAAGAUAGAGAUAGCAGUUUAUAAUUGUAAUUUCCCUUUUUCUCUUCUUUCUUUUUUGCUUGUUUUUGUUAGUAUUGGCAAAAGAUUUUCAUAGAAAACAUAUACUAGGGUUUAAGGUGGAAGCAAAGCUGUAAUGGGUAAGGUGGGAUCAGGAAAGAAGAGAAUUGUUUCCAUUAUAUAACUUAUUCUUCUCUCAAUGAAAGAAGAAAAAGAAAAAGAAAACAUAUGUUAAUAUCAGUUCAAUGAAUUACUGUCUGCAUAUUCUCUUUUUAGGCUAUGAUUAUGGGCAAGAAAUUUAUAUUAGUCAUUUACGUAGUGUAAUAAGAAAGCUGAAUAAAAGAAGAAUCUUUCUUAGUGGUGGAUUA